AUAAUAAGCUUCGCGAGAUGGUGAUUUUCAUCAUAUGUUAGAGCGACUUGGACUUCAACUUCUAGUAGUUACGGAAACAUGCCAUUUCGCGUAUGUCACAGGUACAAAUUCUCUCAAGACAGUCUGAUUGGAAAAGAGCAAUCUAAUCUUCUAUAGUAGGGACAUCUUUUGAGGAAAUAAAUACGCAUCAAGAUUUACUGACAUCUAACUUAAGUCUACCAGUACACGUCUGAGAGAGGUGUCUGGAUUUCGACAUCGAAACUGUCACAUAGGUAAAUAAUUUUGAAGGUGUCACAUAAUUCUUUUCCGAUAAUACGCAUCUACAUAGGAGUUACUCUUCCUCUUUAUUCCCGUAUAUGAACUGAAAGAGCAUCGAAAAGCCUUCGAAAAGUGAAACUGGGAAAUUCAGGUUGAUAGAAAACAUAUCAAAACGUAAAGAGCAAGCGCCCAGAGCUAGAAAGAGUAUUGACAUACUUACAUGAACCUGAUCUUCAAAGGUAAUGCCGGAGGUAAUGGCGGAAGGAUUAGAUAAAUCGUUUCCACCAAAAAUCGGCACAUCGGUUGCGCAGUCUGUUGAUUUUGGCUUGGCAGGUGCUUCAUUGACUGAGAAUGCUGACCAAGUGGAACCACCUGAGAUCAAGAAGUCCAGAUGGUACCUGCUAUCUUCAUCGUUUCCUCAUGCCAUAGGAGUAGCAGGGAUCAAGUUUAUAUUCAAUGGCGAUGAAAUGAAAAUAAGGAGAUGUGUCUGGGGCAUCCUUCUCCUGAUAUGCCUAUCUGCGAUGGUAUAUCAAACAGGAAACCAAUGCGUCAGGUAUGCAAUGAAACCUGUUAACACCCUUUUGGAUGUGGAGUAUGUUGAUCUGCUAGACUUUCCAUCAGUCGUUCUCUGCAACUACAAUGCUUACAGGAAAUCCUACAUAGAAGAUAACGAAGCAGAGUUUGCUAUACUCCUAAAGCAUCUCACUAAUCGAACAUCACGUAGACAUCAGGAUAUCGAUGCCACAUUUUAUGAUGGAAACCUGAAGUACACCAAUCUCACAGAACUGAGACUCAACGCUGCCCAUCAACUCGACACUAUCGUUUAGUAAAGUGCAUUUUGUAUCAUUAUAGGGCUGGCGGUGUCUCACAGAAAAAUCUCUUUAAAAAAAUCCCUUGAAAACUCCUUUCAAGGGAGAAUUUUCUUGCUUCGUUAGAGGAUUUUUAAUGGGAUAAUUGAUGACAGAUAGCAAUUAAGAGGAUGACUAAAAUCUGGAUAACUAAAAUCCGGAUUUUUGGCCUCUGUGUGACACCGC